ACGCUUCGCUCUGCAACAGAAAUAACGUAGAAUAUCGGUCACAGACUCUGUUCGGAAUGAACGAAUCAUUUUAAUUGCCGGACAGUACAUCACUAUCGCGUAGAGCGUGCCGCGUGCGGACGUUUCCGCUCCAUAUUUGAAUCUCCAGAAAAGCGCGCGAACGCCGCUCUGACGUUUGAACUUCUUACGAACAAAACAAAACUUUGAUAUCGUGCUUUGUUUUAUUUUUAAAAUGUGCACUGAUUAAACUCGUAUUCGCGUAUCAGUCGGGUCAACAUGGGUUGGAGAUGUUUUCGUAACGAUUAUUUUAGGAAGAAAUAUAGCGAUAAUUAAUCGCGUUCGAGUGCAAAUGACGACUACACUAAGUAUUAUUUGUUCAAUCUAAGUGCAUUAACGGUGUGGAGUCUCGUUAAGGAAGCCUUCGCGGAAUCCCACAGCUGAUUCAUACACCGGUUAUCGUGUUUUGAAACGAACGGCAAAAUGUGUGAGGUUACAAGUUGGAUUCCGCACGCCGUUGUGGAAACACUGAGAGACCGCUCCGCGCAGCCCGUACUAGCUUGGCUCACUACAAUACGAGCUUCGAUCGAAGAGUACGAUCCCCUAGUCGUUGUCCGACCACAAUCUUCGGUUUCGGUGGAAUCAGAAUCUGACAGUGCCUUCGACGAAAUUCUCUCCCAACUAGGAAAGGAGAUAUACAAGCUAGAUGAAUACCAAAGAAAUUUAGCGCCGAACUUAAAGAACGUUUCAGUUAGCAUCAUGAAUAUAUUCGACGAGUGCUUGGAAGGUAUUAAUCAAACGCAGAGUGUGGAGACCGAGACUAAGAUGCUGGAUAUCCAGUCUAAACCAUUGACGGAUGAAAAUGUCACUCAUGAUUCUGAAGCGAGUGUUGAGGUGGGUUCCGUGGCGACGAGUACACCGGUGAAUAUUCAGCCACCAGCGGUGCCGCCUCGUAAAGUGAAGACGCGAUCACCAUCACCGUCACCGUCGUACGAUAACAUGGAGUUCAAGGACGUGGAGACGUUAUCAGACAGCGAUUCGGAGAGCACGUGUUGGAGCUACCAGGAAUGUAAUGUUGACAACGACACGGAGACUACCAAGCCGUACGAGGCGCUCUGGUCGCAUUCCAGCGGUUAUCACAACUCGGACGAGAUAUUGCGUUGCGUUCUGUCACAGGCGCAGCAGAGGGCGACCAUAUCGCGAUUGUCUUUCGAUACCGCCAGCGACUUUUUGCCGCAGCCGUUCUCUGUUUACGCCUUACAAGAGGUGGGAGGCAGGUGGCGCUCAGUCGCUGCCAUGACGCCGGACAAGCCGUGCGACGAUGGCUACGAGCCGGUCCGGGAUGCUCUGACCGACGAGAAUAUAUACGAGGAAAUUGAAUAUGGUUAUAGUUACACGGACGAGGGUUGCUCCUGUGGAGGUAGUGUUGAGGUUGAGAGUUGUUCUAUAAGUGCCAGUUCAGAUGGUGUUGGUAGAGAGAGUCCUUUAUACGCCAAUUUGAGGGAUCACGACGCUUACGCCAUCCCUCAAGAUGUCAUAUCCUGGAAGAACAUGCUGCUCGAUCCGUACUACAACGAAGACGAGGAGGACGAGUGGAUCACCCCGGAAGAGUGCGAAGUAUACUCCCGGGAGAGGAGACCGCCGCUGGUUAUACCCCGUAUCACCCAAUAUCGCCCGCCUCGGACCUCCAGACCACAGAUACAAUACUCUGAGGAAACUCUUCAAGAUGUUCCGGCCAAAUCUUGGAACUGGUCUCCGACGUCCGAACGGUCUCACCUCGACUUGGAGCGAAGCUACACCAAGCCCACCUGCGAUAAUUCGAUGCUAUGGGCCAACAAAAGACUCGGAGGUUCGACGGAGAACCUGCUGGCUCCGCGUCGUCCCAACCAGCUGCAGCUGCCGGCGUCCUCCUCCGGUGACAGUUUGGAUGUGGAGGUCCGUGAGAGAGAUCAUCACAAGGAGAGGAAUGCUCGUUCCCUCAUGAUGAUGAAGCACAAAUCGCGACCAGUCGCCUCCCCAAGGACUGUUCUGCACGCGCCUAUAGAGGCGACAGUCCUCUUCGAGGGUCCAGUCAAACGGACGAAGUUCUUCGAAGGAGGAAAGAAGGCCAAAAAGAAUUGGACCGACUGCUACAUGAUCCUGACACCAACAGCGCUGGUCUUCUACAAAGAUCAAAGGACUUAUAUAGCAUCUAAGUCGUCCGGUUCGCCUCCGAGCCCCGGCGGUGCUCGCGCCGAGCUGGUACUGCCGCUGAGGAACGCUCACGUCCUCGCCUGCAUACAGAUGCACACCAGGAGGUACACUAGGUCGUUGGUGCUGACGGUGGAACACGACCAAUACUUGCUGCAGACAGAGCACGAGGAGGCAGCACGACGCCUGCUGGCCACCGUUCACAACGUUAUAUACAAACUGGGUCCCCCCACUCUAGAAGAUCGUCCGAGUCCAUACCAAAGCAGCAGCACGGACCUGGAGAGCCUGGGCCGGACCCCGCCUGUAGCCAGGCACAAUCGCAAACAGAAAGCCGGUGGCAGUAGCAAUGAAGAUUUGAGUGAUACGACGGAGGUUUCUAUCCAGAAAUCACACGUCAGGAGUAGGUUGAAGAAGUUCUUCGCGAAGAGGCCAGCGAUGGAAGUGCUGGUGAAAAAGGGGAUUUACAAAGACGAGCCAGUGUUCGGUCGUCGUUUGGAGGAGGUCUGUCCUCUCACGCCUCCACGAGUGCCGGAGUUCGUGCGCGCCUGUGUGCGAGAGAUAGAGGCCAGCGAUGACAAUAUGGCCACCGACGGUCUGUACCGGGCCAGUGGAAACCUCAGCCAGGUCCAGAAGAUACGUCUCGAGAUUGAUCAGAACAAUAUGUCGGUGAUCGAGAACAGCCCCGACAUCCAUGUGUUGACGGGUUCCCUGAAGCUGUUCUUCCGCGAGCUCAAGGAACCGCUCAUACCGUGCUGUCUCUUUGACCGUGUGCUCGCUGCCUGCUCGAUACGUCCGAGAGAGGCCAGGAUCAGGGAGUUCCGUGAUAUAGUGCAGUCGCUGCCGCAGUGCAACAGGGAUACACUGAAAUUCCUACUGGAACAUCUAUUGAAAGUAACCCAGUACAGCGAACGCAAUCGCAUGCACACAGCGAAUUUGGCCAUAGUAUUCGGGCCCACACUGCUAUGGGCUCCCGCAGAACAAGCCCAUAACAUAGCCAUAGACUGCAUCCAACAGAACAACGUGGUGGAUGUCCUGCUGACUGACUUCAGAGAGAUCUUCGACGGCACCAGGAAGAAGACGUGAACCACCUGCCUAAGAACCAUAACGUACAGAUCACCUAAUAAACAGUAUCGGCAUCCAAUGAUUUAAGGUCCCAUCAUCAUCAUCACGGCUAUCACUAGUGAUCACCAGGAUUCAUCAUCUACCGUAGUAGCGUCGGUCUAUCAUGGCUCUGUGUACUCACCAGGAGUGUCCAUCGUCACACUGAAUACAGGCGUGCUGGAGCUUUUUCUUCCUUAACUUAAAUCGAUACCAUCACGAUGAAAAAAAAAAAUUUAAUGAAUCUAAAAACGGUCUGUAUUCAGUUUGAGCGUGAACUCGUGGUAAGAUCACUGCUAUGUACAUGUAUACUAGUUCCGUCGCCUCUAUAUAUCGACGUUGUGUUAUGUAUAUAAUAUGCUUAUAUAAAUGUCAAGUAUACAUAGACAUGCUACGUGUUAGUGUCUGCGAUCUCUUGAAUUAGGACAAUUUAAAAUCCAACCGAGUAUCAUUUAUCGUUCGGUGUGUUGCAUAUCCGUUUGUAUCAGUUUAGGUGUUGUGAUCGUGAAGGUAUACACGUGGAAAGACUGCGAGGAGGGUAGAUUAAAAUAUUUAAUAUAUAUUAGUAGAUUUAUAUUUGAUCGAUGUGAUAAAUUAUAGUAUCAAGUGUAAUCGUUUAUUCUUAUUAUUUUGGGGCCAACCUGUAUAUAGGGACCGGCUUAGCCGUCUCGCGCCUUGAGCAUGCUCUUGUAAAUAUUCAUCAUGGAUGACUUAUAUAUAGUUUACUUGUGUUCUAGAGUGCAUACUCUUAUGAUUCGCUUGCAAGUGACCCUCUAGUCCUUAGUUUCUGGACUUCCAUUUCAAAUACGACACAGAUGUAUCAUUGUAAGCUAGGAACCAAAGUUUUUUUUUUAUUUCGUCUGAUAGUUUAACUAUAUAUAAUAGUUAUUGUGUAUUUUAUUAAUAUUAACUCGAUUAAUGCUUUCAAUUAGACGAAAUGGCAUUAAAUAAAAAUUACUUAUUCCA